AUGGCAUUUGCCCUAACCCCAAGCUCCACUGUUCUUGGCAAAUCCCACGCCCUAGACAACGAUUUCGUUGCGAGGUAUGCCGAUCUCAUCCGCCAGUGCCGCGAUUCUGGCGCUCUCGCCCAGGGCAAGCUCCUCCACGCGCGGCUCGCGAGAUCGCUGCUCGACACCCACACAUUCCUGGGAAAUCUCCUCGUCGAGAUGUAUGGGAGAUGCGGCAGCACCGCCGACGCUGCUGCGGCCUUCGAUCGAAUCGCGAAUCGCAAUGUUUUCUCCUGGACGAUCCUCAUCGCGGCAUUUGCCCGGAAUGGCCAAUCCGUGCCAGCGAUGGUGGCGUUCCAGCAAAUGGAUCUGGAAGGGGUUCGCCCAAACAAGGUCACGUUCUUGGCUAUGGUGGACGCGUGCUCUGGCUAUGGCUGCCCUGGCCAGGCACUGGAUCUUCACCAGCGAGUCCUCGCAUCGAUCGAAUUCGAUCUUGUGCUUGCGACCGCGAUCAUCAGCAUGCUGGGGAAGUGUGGGAUCAUCGCCGCCGCGGAGGAGGAAUUCCUGGCAAAUCUGGAGUUAAUCGAGAGCAAGCGAUGCGUGAUCGCGUGGAAUGCCAUGCUUGCUGCCUAUGCCCGCAAUGGCUGCCAUCGCGAGUGCCUGGAUCUCUUCCAAGAGAUCGUGGAGCUCGAUCAGGGUUUGCCCGACGCUGCGACAAUCGCCACUGCCCUCUCGGCGUGUUGCGAUCCCAAGUUCUUGGAUCUGGGGAAAGCAAUCCACGCAAGAGCGAUCGCUGAUGACCGGAUGGAUCGAUCCACCGUGGUGGGGAAUUGCAUCGUGAGAAUGUACGCUCAAUGCCAGAGCUUUGACGAUUCGAUGGCCGCAUUUGAAGAGAUCACUGCCAAGAACGCCGUGUCAUGGUCGAUCGCGAUGGCGGCGCUCGUCCAGGCCGGGCGAUCCGAUGAGGCCGCGCGAUUGCUGUGGCGGAUGGAUCUGGAUGGAACCAAGCCAGACAAGAUCGCAAUAGUGAGCACGAUUGGCGCAUUUGGCGAAAGCAUCCCCCCAAUCUCCAAUCCAAGACCCCAAGAACUCGCCGCGAGGGCUCGCGCAGCUGGAUUACACACCGAUCCCUUCGUCGGCAGCGCGAUCGUGAGCAUGCUUGCUCGAUCCGGGAUCUUGGACGAUGCGUGUGAAUCGUUUGCCGUGGUCUCGGACAAGCGCGAUAUCGUGGUGUGGAAUUCUUUGCUAGCGGCACUGGAGAGCCAGCAAGCGAUCGAGCUCUUCCAUCGCCUGUGCUUGGAAGGGAUUGCCCCAAAUCCAGCCACCCUCGUCAGCGUCUUCGAUGCGUUGUCCACGCUUGGCUGCGAUGGUCGUGAUCGCGCGCUCGCGAUGGCGAUCAAAUUGGAGUCACUGAUCGCGAGCUCGAUGGAUCUAUCAUCCAAUCCAUCAAUGCUGUUCGUCCUAGAGAAUUCGAUGAUCAACGCGUUUGGCAAGCUUGGCAGCCUCGCGGACGCGCGGCGGAUCUUCGAUGGGAUGAGGAAUCGCAGCGUCGUGUCGUGGACCGCGAUGAUCGAUGCGUACGCGCGGCAGGGAUUCCAUCGCGAGGCGCUUGUUCUCUUUGAGCAGAUGGAUUUCGAUCAAGAGAUCCAGCCCAACGAUUUCACCUUGAGCACCAUCCUCGCGUCGUGUGCGAGAGUGGGAGAGAUUGCCAAGAUCCAUGCGAGAGCUCAGUCGAUUCAUGGGGAUCUAGAUCUUGGCGCUGUGGUUGGAUCGGCCUUGAUCGCCAGCUAUGGCGAUUGCGGCUGCGUGGAGGAAUCUCUCAAGGUCUUCCAAGAAAUCAAAUGCAAGAAUACCGUGACAUGGAACGCGAUGAUCGAGGCUCUCGCCAAGAACAAUCAAGCCGGCGAUGCGAUCCACCUCCUCCACACGAUGGAUCUCGAGGGCGUAAAAGCCAGCGCCGCCACGCUCGCCAUUGCGAUCUCUGCGUGCUCGCAGCUGGGCAGGAUCGAUCAAGCUCGCGAGAUCCACGCUCGAGCGGCGGCGAUCAACCUGGGCGAUGGCGAUCAGCGCGAAAUAUUGGGCGUGGCGAUGAUCAACCUGUAUGGCAGGGGAGGAUUGCUGCCUGAUGCUCGCCGAUCCUUCCAAGAUCUCGCGAAGAGCAACACACGCGCAUCGAUAAGCUCAUGGAACGCGAUCGUUGCCGCGAUCGCUCGCGCGGGCGAUUCCAGGGGCGUGGUGGAGGCAUUCCACUCGAUCCAUCUGGAGGGACUGGAGCCGAAUCAAGCGACCUUCUCGCAGUUGCUAGCGUCGUGCUGCCACACGGGAUUGCUGGACGAGGUGUGGGAGAGAUUUAUCUACAUGAGGGAAGAUCACGGAGUAGAACAGGCAAAGAGGCACUGGAGCUCGGUGGUGGAUGCCCUGGCGAGGGCGGGAUCCAUGGGAGAUGCCGCGGAUGUAGCGCGGACAAUGCCCUUCCGCCCUAGCACCGCAGUGUGGAAGAUCUUGCUCCAUGCGUGCCAGAUCCAUGGCGAGGGCUGGGGUAGUGCCCACGGCGCCGCUCGCGAGGCGUCGAGGCUUCGCCCCAUGGACGCCGUGCCCUAUGUGCUGCUGGCCAACAUGCUCCGCCACGAUGAUGCGGCGGUGGCGGCGCGGGCAAGAGUGGCGGCGGUGGCAUUGUGGAGAGAUGGCGGCGGCGGCGAUCAUCGCUCGAUGAGAGCGAGCAGCAGCAGCAGGAUUUGGAAUCCCAGGAGCGUGUGCGCGUCGGAUCGGAUGAUGAAGCGAGUGGGCAGCUUUGCAAAGGAUGUGACGCCCAGUUUGUGCCUCACCGUGUGUGGGGUCUCGGAUUUGGAUGCUUGUGCCGAGGCAUGCGCUUGA